GUAGUUCCGCCCUCGCCUGUAAUCUGCGGCCCGCUUCCUCCUGGUCUUUCUUUUCCUCCCAGCCGCCAUCAUGGGUCGCAUGCACGCUCCGGGGAAGGGCCUGUCCCAGUCCGCUCUCCCGUACAGGCGCAGUGUCCCGACAUGGCUGAAACUGACGUCUGAUGACGUGAAAGAGCAGAUCUACAAGCUCGCCAAGAAGGGUCUCACCCCAUCCCAGAUUGGCGUUAUCCUGAGGGAUUCACAUGGUGUUGCCCAAGUACGCUUUGUAACUGGCAACAAAAUCCUGAGAAUCCUGAAGUCCAAGGGACUGGCCCCAGACCUGCCUGAAGAUCUCUAUCACCUGAUCAAGAAGGCCGUCGCUGUCCGCAAGCAUCUGGAGAGGAACAGGAAGGAUAAAGAUGCCAAAUUCCGCCUGAUUCUUAUUGAAAGCAGAAUCCACAGACUGGCUCGUUACUACAAGACCAGGAGAGUUCUGCCACCCACCUGGAAGUAUGAGUCGUCCACAGCUUCAGCCCUGGUGGCAUAAACUGCUUCAUUCUGACACCAGAAAUAAAGCUUCACUUUAACACAU